AGGCAAUGUUGAGUAACCUGUUUGCUCAGGAUAGUCUAUGGGUUAUAAAGCCCCACAGAGUUCAGUUUUAAUUACUUUGUGAGAGACACUCACAGCUGCCACAUCUAUCUCGGAGACUCACAGUCCAAGAAUGCUGCACCCAGUCCUGCUGAUUCUUGCUGGAGUGCUGUUCUGCCAGGUAUUAGGUGAGUAACUCCUCAUGUCCCACACCUUGUAUACAGGUAAGGAAGGAAGGGCAGAGAAAGUCUAGCUAUGAUCAUAAUAAGAUCAUGAUAAUAAUGCCUGGCCACCGUUUGUUUUAACUUGGUAUAUUCCAAAAGCCUGCCCUGCAGUCAGGACUCUCUGUAGGGAAGGGCAGUAAAUGUAUAAGUCCACACCACUUUGUGUUACAGGAACUGUACUGCAUGUGGGGAGGUAGGGGAGGAUAGAUCGUGUAUGGAAUGGUCAGAUCAUGAAUUAGGAGAUCCAUGUAUUGGAGAGGGUUGUCCAAAGAACGUUCAGUAAUAUAAAUGUAAUCCACCAGUGUGUUGCUUGAUUAAAUACCUAUCUACACAUACUGUUUGUUAUACAAUAGGUAGGGAAAUGUUUUUUGAUAGGGACAAGUCUGUGUUUUACAUGAUUUAGAAUUGUACGUUUUAUUAUUGUUCUGUUGCUUGCACUCUGACCCUAAAGGACGAAUAAUGAAACGCAGAGCGAUUACAUAUAGGCAGUAAUGCACACAGUUUUCUAGUAACUGUAGUUGACAGUGUGUUGUUUCAGUAAAUGCAGAAAAUCCUUCUACCCCAUUAAUAAUCUAUUGCCAAAUACCAGUUUCCCUUACUCUUAUUAAACUGCCAUCAUACAUUCCCCUCAGUCAUGUUAUAUUCCAUGUACCCCCUCUCACCAUCAGCAAAGGAAUGUAAAUUUGUGUUAAAAUGACACCAGAAAUGUUAUCAUUGUUCCAGAUCCUACUAGCCACAAACAAUAGGCUUUAGUAAUGGAUCAGUCAGAAAGCCUUCACGUUUUGUUUUUUUUUCCCUUUUUUAUUUAUUUUUUAUUUCCCUUUUUUAAUUUCAUUUAUUGUAGUAAAUUAUGAUGAAAACCUAAAAUAAUUUAGGGCUAGAGAGUUUUCAGAUCAGAUUUUUUGCUUACUUUUUGUAUUGAAAUGUCCAAUGUAUCACACAAUGCUGUUUAGUGAAUAAUUCUUACAUUGUUAAUCAUGCUAUUAAGAUAAGUUAUGGUAAGCUGCAUUCACUGGGAAGUUUAGAAUCUUUGAUAGCUAAUAUCUUCACAGUCUAGCAUUAUUUCUUAAUCAUUUGUGUUCAUGACUGAUUUCAGAAUUGGCAGACAUUGCAGGUUUCUGUAAGGGGGUGGGGGAUUAUGAGUCUGGUUGGGUAUCCUCUUCCUCCUCUGUCUGUGAAAAUUUAGGAAGUCUGAAAAUGAACAAGUGUAAACCAAAACAGUGGAAAAAUGCUUAAAUGCAGAAAACAAUAUAAAUAUGUGUAAAUAUAGACAAAAAAAAAUUGUGUUCACACAACCAGCAGCACUACACCAAAAAAGUGACACUAUAAUAGCAGAGAAAACGGAUAAGUGGUGCACUCAAUUGUAUACUUAACAGGUAAUCUUAAACAAAACAUAUGUAAAUCACCAUAUAAACUAAUAAUAGUGCAGACCAUCUACAUUCAACAAAUAUCUACUGAAAAGAUUUAUCACAGGAGGUCACACUCACAUUUGUCAGAGCCUUCUCAACCCUGGGUCUUGGUGGUAUGACUCCACUUGAGAGGCCUAUAUCCCACAGCUUGCACAAUUUCCAACAGCGCAGUGAUCUUGCUUUUGAGGAUUUCUCUAGGGGAGAUGGGACGCCAGUAUCCAAUGGUACAGAAUCAAACAUACUUUAUUUUAAAAAAAAGGUAAAAAGCAGCUUUAUCAAAUAAGUGGUGAGUUUCCAAGCCAGGGCUCACAUUAUCACAUGAAUUUUAGUUAAAAAAAACACCACCUGAACAAUCUCUCCCGGAUUUCGUUGGGUAACAGGCACAUGUGGAUUCCAUGUCAUCAGAGUGACGUGUUUUGCCCACCUCCCUCAUGCUAUAAAGCCAUUGAGUCCUGGUGUCUCUGAUCUCCCCUAGUGAAAUCCUCAAAGCGAAGAUCACUGCGCUGUUGGAAAUCAUGCAAGCUGUGGUAUAUAGCCCUCUCAAGUGGAGUGAAAACACCAGGGCCAGGGCCAGGGUUGAAAAGGCUCUGGCAAAUGUGAGUGGGACCCCCUGUAAUACAUCUUUUCACUAUAUACGGUAUAUGUUCAAUUUACAUGCCCCGCACUAUUGUUUGUUGAGACUGUGAUUUGCUCAUUUAGUUUUUAAGAAGAUAACUUGUUAAGUAUACAAUGAGCAUACCACUAGUCUGAAAUGGAAGCCUGAGAUACAAUGUAAGAGGGAAUUUUUUGUUUUGUUUAAUUUAACUCUUGUUUGAUUCAGUGUUGAUUCUUGUUUGACUUCAUGGGACACUUCACUCAUUAUAAGAAUUAGGGGAAAUUAAAUUAAACCAUUUCCACUGUAUGGAUAAAGCGGUACUGUCACCCCCAACAUUUUUUUUAUUGCGGUUAUGUAUAAAAACAGAUGGCUAAACCUGCAUUUCUCAUGUCUGCUUCCUUUGCAAGCCUUCUCCUUCUAACCCAGUCCAGAAAUUCUGUGGCUGUCCAAUCACAGUCUUUCCAAUGCAGCUCAAUGUGAAGUCUUUGCAAGGAGCAAUUGCUGCCUCUUGAGUUUAGUUUUACUGAGCUAAACAAUCCAGGAAGUAACAGGACCAAUUCUCUGCAUGAAAGCCAUGGGAUGUAACCUAAUAAAUUAAUAAAAGUGUCAAUUUGUAUUGAAAUCUGCACUUUUUUUCCAAAAUGAAAAAAGUGGAAACUUCACACAUAAAGCAUUUUAGCAAACUAAAGUGCUUUAGGGGUCUGGAGUGUCCAUUUAAUGCAAAGCCAUAUAUAGGUAAUAGAGUGUGUUAUGCACUCAGUAUAAUUAUUAAAUGAUCUUCCGCAAUGUUUCUGGUUACAGAAAUCUACCUAAGUCUGCUUUCUGCACGGCAACAAGAGAACUUUCUCUCCUAUAAUGCUGUUUGCAUGUGUGCAUGCAAGACAUAUUCUUUCCUUAUAUGUGCAAUAAAUAAUGGCAUACCAGUAAUUUGCACGGUGUUCCAGGGUGUAUCAUGACAACCAUGCAUACUAUGUAAAUAUGUAAAUCCAUAUUAAAGGAACACUCCAGGCACCCUGACAACUAUAUUGGAAUGAAGUUGUUAUAGAGUGAGGAGGUCCAUGGUUCCAGCUUACCUGUAGGGGUUAAAAAGAGUAAAAACAUAUCAUUUUCUCUCUCUUUUCUCAAUGGGGAGUCUGUUAUUGUAAGCGGUGCCUGGUCCGAAGCAUAUUGAUUGAAGCUUUAAAUAUGGAAUGGAGGUUGAUGGACAGAGUUAAUGGGUGCCGGCAAGCUUCAAGUAAACUGGCACCCAGGCAACUGCCUCUUUAAAUGGAUCACUAUUUUGGGAAAAAAGCUCAACACAUAGACACCUUUUUAUUGGCUACUAAGCUGUAAACAUAUCAGAGCUUACAGUUGUACUUUAACGUUCAUUAAACAUAUGUGCCCUUUUAUGGGGUAGCUUUAUUGCCAUGAUAUACUUUCACUGAUUGCAGAAGCCAGAUUGGAUAAUCAUAAUUAUUUGUCAGUUACAACACAAUUCACUGUGCAUAAACCACAGAGUGUUUUUGUAGUAUCUUGUCUAUAAGGAUCACUAAAGGAUUGCUCAUGACUAAUUAAAAAUCACAUAAUAGUGUGUGUCUAAGAGAAUUGUUUAAUUAUAUAAUUACUUUUUAUUAUGGCAUCUGUGUAAUAUAUGCGGUUAAUAUGACAUAUACAAUAAUGUUUGCUCCUGAGAAAUCUAGGUAAAUGUGAUACUGCUGAUAUGUCGUUAUUAAAAUGCAUUGUUUUUUGUUUGUUUUUUUGCUACAUCACUAUAUAAUACACUAGUUUUUCAGAUUUGCUCAUAGCAACUUUAGUGCCAAAAACAAUACUGGUAUAUUAUGUAACUGAAUCACAUUAGAAGCAUAUAGCUCGAAGAGAUAUCACCAACCAACUUAAGGAAUUAUCUUAUUGGUAACUGUUUCAGGUGACACUAUAAUUCCUUUCUGAGAAAAUUUAAUGUUUAGCUGUGAUCAACGUCAAAGGUUAUCCUGUUGAUUUUAAAAAGCCCUGCUUUUCUUUCAGUAGAUAUACAAUCUGGAUAUAUUUAAAGAUCAAUUAACCAUACCCCUAUGUUGCUUUUCCUCUUGUGUUUUUUUUUUUUGCCUCACCUGCUCUAGAUUGUAAGCCCUUUUAAACAGGGUCCUUAAUAACCUCAGGUUUCCUGUUAACAUUUGUAAUAGUUUGCGUCUUAUUUAUUGUUCUAUCCCCACAUUAAGACAUAAACCUGAUUGGAUGCUCUACCUGAUCCACUUUUAGCACUUUGCCCAGAUUUCAAUAUACACUUUUAUAUAUAAAGAUAAAUGUUAAACUCUAUAAAUGUACACUUCAAGCACCACGACCAGUAGAGUGUUCUAUAGUAGUUAUGGUGUCAGUAGUGCCCUGGCCCUGCCACCCCCUCCUCCCCCUUAGUCCAUUCCUACCUAAUAAAAUCCAGUCAGUCCCAAUCAUUUUGGGGUUAAUGUAAAAAUAUCACACUGCUAUUACUUAUUGAAAUGUCCAUUGAGGCAUGAUAAUACAAAAUGAAAAGACUAUCAACAUUGACGCUAAACAUUUUCAAAUUGAUUUUGGCUAUUCUUGGCUAAUCGGAGAGUUGAGCUGUGAAUCUACUUCCAAGAAAAGCAAGAUUAAAUGGUGGUGACCAAGUGGAAUAAAUGGAUUAUACUUUACCAUGUUCCGUGCAUGAUGCGUCUAUAUUUAAAGGUAGACGUCAGUGUGAAAACUAAAUAAACGUUGUUUAAAAAUAAAUGUAGAUAAUUGUGCCUCUCACAGCCCCCUAAAAGAGUUAUCUUUAAUCCAAUGGAGAAUGGGUCCCUUACUGCAGCUGUACUAACGAUCUGCCGGCUAGUAGAAUGCUUCUCUUAGAGAAGCAUUUAGAAUAUAUGGAGCGUACAAAGUAGCUGCCACGCUGCACUUGCAAUGCUUCUCUAUAAAAUGCCCUCCCAUCUACUCUGUGCUCGGGCACAAGCAGUGAGGAAUAGCCUCCUGACUGUGUCAAUUUAUUUUGCAAUUAGCACCUUCAUAAAGUGUGAAAGAGGAGACACUUUGUUAAUCACUGCAGAGAAAGCAAGCAUUUUUUAAACCAGUUUGAGAGCUGGAGAGUUAGGAAUGUUUAUUUAAAUUAGGGAUUCUCUCCAAAAUGUCCUGAUUUGAUUGGUAGAACUUUGAAACAGACACUGUGCAUCUGACAACUGGCCGUAAUAAUGAACAUUGAAUUCAGUUAUUUAAGACCACUGUAAUAGAAUAUAUGCACAGUUGCAACAUAUUAUUGCUAUUCCAUCCCAUGUAAAAAGUAUUCGUAAUGAAACAGUUGUUAACUCUGGACAACAUAAAUUCAGUUUCGAAUUGUUACAUUCAACAAACGUCUAACAAGUGGACUCAGCAAUAUUUCAACAUGACCGGGUUUCUUUUUUCUAUCCUUACCAUUGUCAAGGCUUGACAGAGACACAGUAGUGUUGGGACAUGUCGCACCUACGACUUUAAAGCGUUUCUUCAACCAAAAACCAGUGUUUUACUAAAACAGUGGUUUUGGUUAGAGUAACCCUUUAUGUGUUGGCCUGCACCUCCUCCCAGUUACCUCUGUUCCAUCUCUGAGUCAAAGUUCUUUCCUCAGCCCGAUCCUACUUGGCUGAUGUCACUCCUUCAGCCAGGAGGGGAGUCAUGGCAAAUGGGCUAAGGGUAGAAUAUCAGGGUUAGAGGGGUUGUUCCUCCAUUGUUUGUCUUACUCCAGCAUGCUGUGUCUGCUGGCGUCGGAUGCCAAUUUUGCAGAGAAUUGACAUUGAUUGCCCAGCUUGGAACUUUGUUAUGCUAGAUAGUUAAUUUUUUUAUGCGUAGUGUUUCAAAGGGCAAAGCUUCAGGUACAGACUUCAGUCACCAUGACCACUUCAAAUCACCGAGGUAGUUAUGGUGCUAAGAGUAAUUCAUGGUAGUAUAAAGGUACCUAAUAGGUUGGAAAAAAUAUAAAAUGCUCUACUUGUUUAUCAAUGUAACCAGUCACAAAAUGCAUUGAGAUCUUAAAUUACUCAAAGUACUUAGCAAUAAUGGGAUUAUAAUGCUUGCAUUUUGUGAUAAAAUAAUAGCUCUCGAUGAGCAUUUAACACUUCUCACUUGGAUUUAAUUUCCUCUUUUAGAGAUUUAAUAAUAUUCAGAGAAACACCAGAAAAAAACACUUCUUCUCUGUGUAAUACAACAUACCUCAUUUGAACUCAGCUGUUUCUGGAGAACAGUCAUGCUGCCACUUGUCUCGAGUAUAUGAAUGAUUUUACCCACUAAUCCCUGCAGCGAACAUUGUUAAAUGAAUUUAGCUAGUUUUUUAGUUGUUUUUUUCCUGUUCUUUUCUGGCAAAGCUGAACAAUACUGUGAAACCCGCAACUUAGUAAAUAAACUCUAGAGUUUUCAGAAAAAUAAAUAUAUUGAAGGCGUUAUCUUUUAUUAUUUUUUUAAAACAAGUGUUUGGGUUUUUUUUAAUGAAAAUUCGAGAUUUUAAAGUGAUUAUGAAAUGGAAGGCCAUAGUAGCUAAAAUGAAAGCAACGCUGACUUAGAAAAUGUUUCCAAUUUGGCUAUUUUGACAUUAAAUUUGAAAUUGACUUUGGAUUCUCAGCAACUUACUGAAUAACCCUGCAUGGAUUGAACUGAGGGACCCAAAUGAGAAUACGAAAAAUAAGAAAUUUAUUACAAUUUAUAAAUACAAGUAAAAGCUAUAUUUUUUCCUGUUGUGCCAUGCCAUGAUGUAUCAUAUUGUUUCACCCUUUGUGUGUUCUUGUUCUGUUAUGUCAUCCAGACAAAAACAUUUUUCUGGGUCCUGACAUAUUAUCCAUUUGCAGAGGUACAACAUUACUCUGAAUGUACUAUAGUUAUUAUUAUUCAUCUUAUCUGACUGACAGAGGCCAAGUAUCGAUCUCGACAUCAUUUCAUAUUACUUGCAUUACUUAAAAUUAUGGAUUGUCAGGGUAAUUCAGAAAACAAUUUAAAAAAAAUAUUUUUGAGCAAUAAUUCCUGGUGUGAACAUUUGUGUAUCCCCUUUUUAUUUUAAUUGGGGGGAAAAACUUCAGGGCUAUAUACUAAACUGGAAAUUGUUGGAUUUGACAAGGGAAUUCUUCAACUCUGCUAGCUUUCCAGUUCAUCCAAUUCAGUCUAAAAUUGGAAAUUCUCUAAUAGAACCUCAACAUUUCCUGAUGUAGAGAAUAAUUCCACAUUUUUUGAUACUUUUAAAGGACCAGUCUUUGCUCCAUAACCGCUACAUUCUGAUGUAGCAUUUAUGGCGGCAUUAGGCUACAGGCACCAUUUUCAAGGUAGAACCAUUUUUCAAGAAAUUUGACCAAACCUUGGGGUGCCUUAGGCACCAGCAUCUUGCUUUGUAUUGCUAUGUGGGGGUUCUUCUUCUAUAUUAGCAAUAUCAAUUCAGUUUUAUCCAUAUGUUUCACUUGUUGAACUGCUGAUUAUUUUUGGAAUAUAUUAUGUGUGUGUGUGUGUGUGUGUGUGUGUGGAUAAAAUCACUUUUACUAUAUGAAUGAGACCCAUGAGGUCAUUUUUAGAGAUAUAUCUUCUGUUGUAUAUGUUGUUCUCUGAUCUUAUUUAUUGUGAUUUUUGUGCAAUAUUCUCUUUCUGAUGAACAAGUUGUUUCCUUUCUAGCAUCAUCUAAUCGGCUACCUGAAGGGCAGAAAUAUGAAGUGGUUUUUCCACAAAAACUUCAUACACAACACAAGAGAGACACGCAGGUAACAAUACCUUAAAUAUACCCCUAGAAAAAAACAUAUAAUGCAAUAAUUGAUUUAGAAUGUUAGUACAAAGUGUUGCGCGCAAUUUUAGUCUGGAUUUCAGAUACCACUUCUAUUUAUUCCCUUAUUUACGCAAAAAUAUUCCUUACUGCGCCUCUUCCGUCUCUAUAUUUUCUGUUCCAUUUUGGUUUUUCUUUUCGGUUCCCAAAUGUGUCACUCCCAUUGCAUAUAAAAGAGCGGAGAAUUUUUUGUAAUUUUCUCAAAACGGUAAGCAACCUUCACAUAAUUUAAAAAAAAUGUUUUUAUCCAAAUAAUAUUAAUCAGUUGGAAUGUAAAUUAUGUGAAUGUAAUCAAUUUUAAAGAAACACUAGUCACUAAAACAACUUCAAAGAAGUUUAGCUGGAAAAAAAUCUCUAUGUUAAAUAUGCUUCAAAUUCGGCUACUCUGGCCUUAAAUUUAAUAUUUACUUUGAAUUUUCACUUUAUAAAAUAACCCUGUAAGUGCAUACAAGCUGCCUAACUUAGGUUUCAAUUUAACAUUUUUAGUUAAACUUUUCAAAUAAUUUUUCAGGAUAUGAAAAUAUAAAAAUAUAUAAAUAUAUAAAAAAAAAUCAAGAUAUUGAAAUGGUUUUCAAACUAUUAUAUCCUUUAAAUAUCUUAUCCAAAAUAUCAAAUCAAGGCCAUCACUCCAGGAGAUUCAAAUCCUGAGAGUCCAAGUGGAAAUGCACAGGAUUAAAAUGUCUAGAACAAAAUUAGAAAAAUGACAGAGACAGAUUAUAUCAUCUAAAUUCAUGUAUGUUUUACCAGCAGCUGGCAUCCACGGAGAUUCGGAGUAUUUCUAUAUGUGUUUGGUUAUUUAAAGUGAGAAUUCAAAUUGAAUUUUACAUUUUCUUUUAAUUUCUCACUAAAGUAAAUAACUCUGUAUAUGUCAAUCAAUGCAUGCUUCCAUUGCCUAUUAUAAAUGAAUGGAUAUUCAUGUGUUUCUUUCUUUGCUUCCUAGAGCAAUCAUCCAGAUGUGGUACAUUAUGGUCUAGUACUGGAAGGAAAACCCUUGGUCCUACAGCUUAAAAGAACUGAGUACGUGAGCUUGAAGAGUUCUGAUAUAUCCUGCAAAUAUCUAACCAGGCACACUUAGCUAAACAUAGAAACAUAGAAUGUGACGGCAGAUAAGAACCAUUCGGCCCAUCUAGUCUGUCCAAUUCUGUAAAUACUUUUAUUAGUCCCUGGCCUUAUCUUAUAGCUAGGAUAGCCUAAUGCCCAUCCCACGCAUGCUUAAACUCCUUUACUGUGUUAAACUCUACCACCUCAGCUGGAUGGCUAUUCCAUGCAUCCACUACCCUCUCAUUAAAGUAAUACUUCCUGAUAUUAAUUUUAAACCUUUGCCUCUCUAAUUUAAGAUUUGCAUGGUAGUUUUUCUUCUUUUUAAUAUAGCAGACAUGUGCACCAGUGAAAUUUUCAUUUUGUACGAAUGAAUUCAUACUGAAUAAAAAUUUCCUUCGUCCAUUCAGCCUGGUUGUGAAUUAAAAGCCGCUGAAUCCGUGCUGUUGUGGCUGAGACUGUGUAUAUACUUUUGAUAAGGAAGUCUUUGAGGAAUGAGGGACAUGAUUACCUAGGUAGACUGAUGGUGCAGAAUUCUUAAGAACAUUUAUUUAUGUUUUUUGAGCAUAUUAAUGAGGUCAAUCUAUCAAAUGCAUAAAAAUUGUAUUGGUGCCCAGAGUAUCCCUUUAAGAAUUAGAAUUUUGAGCUCUGCAUACAGCGUUAUUAUGUAAACGCCACGAAUUGGUGAUAUCCAUGGUUUUACUGUGCUGUACAAAUAUGUUUUUUCCUGGCUGGAUUCCUCAGAAGUGAUUAGAAUACUUUUUUUUUUUUUUUUUCCGUCUCUCUGAUAACAAUUUACAGAAAGGAGAAAGUCUGAUUCCUGCUUAUGUAAAGAAACUUAUUAACUACUGAACAAUAGAGCAUUAUGGUCACAUGACUUAAACGAAGGUCCUUUUCUGUGCUUGUAAAAACUGUGACAAGCAGAUGAAGCCGCUGAAUGAACUAGGGAAUAAAUGGAUAAGUUGACAAAUCAAUCCAUCUGUUUGUGUUGUGGUGAGGAGAAGGCUUUAGAGGUUUAUUUACUACUCCUGCGUUGGCUUGUGAUAAAAUUAGUACAGUUGUCUUGAAAACCAAGGACCUUUACUUCAGACUAUAAAAUGGCACAUCUAAAUGGAUUCCAAAAAGUGUCACUCAGUGUUUAAAAUGUUUCUACUGAGUUUGCUUUUUUACAAGCAGGGAAAUGGUACUUUCUAGAAUGUUACAAAGGUCUGUACGUGUCAGAUGUCUUGAUCUCUGAAAUUGAACACUGUUUAUUACACUGAUGGCAAAAGAUACAAGGCGUUUAUACAAAUUACAUCAGGCCAGUGAGAGAGCCUGUGGACCAGCCCAUAGUCACGUUAUCUUGGGUAAUGAUUAAACCUCACCACUGUUUGUAAAUAUGUUUAAUUUUUCUUUCUACCUGUUUGUGUGAACCUGACACUAUACCUUAACUAUAUUCCCCUGCUAGUGCAUUGUGCACCCAAUGCUGUCCUGUGUAUUGUACAAUCCUCUGCCACGCUAAAUAUUAAGCAGCUGUCUCUUUAUUUCACAUGUUAAAAUGUGUGUGUAUUUAUACGUAUGUACUUACCUUCUUUUGAGUAUUAAGUAAGUUUAAUGUGUUUCCUGCAGAGGCUUGAUAAGUGACGAUUACACAGAGACACUUUACCUGCCAGAUGGCACGCCGAUAACACACAGCCCUAAAAUUCAGGUACAAGGAGUGUUACAGACAGGGUCAUGGGGACUGUAUUACAAAAGGACGGGGCAUUAACUUAUUGGAGGAUGUUCUUACAUUGCAGGAUCACUGCUAUUAUCAUGGACAUGUGAAGAAUGAUGAUGAUUCAAUGGCCAGCGUUAGCACAUGUAGAGGUUUAAGGUAAGCUGACGGAUUACUCAAAAUUGCCAUAUUCUAUAGUUUUAGACAUUCCAAAUCUGAAUGUCUUGUGCCUUGCAAUGCAAAGAUUUACUAGGUUAUCUUUCUUUCUCCCUCCCCCUCUCUCUAAUUCUAGAUAAUUACAGCUAAUUGCAGCAAAUCAGCGAUUAUAAGUGGCUGUGCUAACAUUUUACCUGUGUUUUCUGUUCUGUUCUCUUGUAAUGUUUAUGAACACCUGACCACUUUGUUUAUUUUAUGGAAUGUUGAUCUGCUUAGUGACACAACUUUAUUUUGAUUACACAAUCUUACAGUGCGUAGUUCCUCCCUCGUUAAUAUGCCUUAAUAUACAUAAUAAAGUUACCAAGUUAACGUUUAAAAAAAAAAAAUACCAGUAAACUCUAAUACAGCACCAGGACAGUGUCCUCUCUGCAUCCCAAUCUGAAUAUGAUGAGAUUUCUCAAGUCACCGUUUUUUGUCUGGAAUGACAAUAUCUUAUGAAAAUGCCUAUUUUCCGACUAGAGUGACAAUUCUCAUAUAUACUAAAGUUAAUUCUAGUUAGAAUUCAGUCAGCCCUACCAAAUCUGCACCAAUCGGCCGAAUGCAUUCAGUGUCUAAAACAUAAGACAAAGCAUGAACAUUGUGUGAAUUGUUGGUAUUAUGGGUAAUAUCAGUCCCAGUGGCCAUUUCUGCAUCACUGCCAGGUGUUUAAUGAGCUGGUGGAUGACAUUUCUUUAAUGCUGGUACCUUGAAGAUUACAAAUGAAAUUUAAUAAGUCAUGUGAGUGCUUUUGUGUAAUCUAGGUGCAGUUUGGGUGAGAGUUGCUCUUUGUGGUGUGGAUCCCGUGAGAUAAAUAAUGGGUACUGCUAUUGCUAUGUGUGUGAUGUUGCAGGAGUAAUCUUUAUCUAUUUAUCUUAAGUGGAGUUAUCCAUACCCGAAGUCGCAGAUUCUUGAUUGAGCCCCUGAAUGCUACUGACAGUGAUGAACAUGCUGUGUAUGAAGAUAAGGAUGAGACCCCCAGAACAUGUGGGGUGACCAAUACCACUUGGCUAGACAAUAAAGUUGUCAAGUCAUCUCGAUCCAGCAAUAUAGAGGUAAUAUAGUUUAUAAAAUAUUGAAGAAUGCAUAAUAUAAUUUCCAGUUUUAAUGUAAUUGUACAGCGCUACGGAAUUUGUUGGCGCUAUAUAAAUAAUAAAAUAAUAAUAAUAAUUGAACUUGAUCUUGGGGAAGUGUAAUUUCCAAAUUAUGAGUGCCACCAAAAAGGUGAUGAAUUAUAGGUUCUGGGGAGAACCCUGUUUUUUAUAAAAACCAAAGGCUACAACACCCAUAGUUUUAUUCUAUACCCGUUACAAUGAGCUGGAGUGAUUAUGUUGCUGAGAGUGCCCCUUUAACAUAACUAUUGCGUAGUACAGGUUAAAAGGCCCUGUGCCAGACAAUUAACUUAAGUACAGACUGUUUCAUCUUCAAUUGCUCUCAACAGUAUGAGCUGGUGUUCUAACAAACCAUAAUAUUAUAGUGAUGGUGUGAUAUAUAAAUGCUAUGCAAUAUCAGUAAUAGGCAGAAUUAUGUAACAACCCUUCUCCUGCGUAUACAACAUGGUCGGUAGAGGUCAUCUAAUUAAGGCUCUCUUUCAGUGGCUGUUUUGAAUGGCUUAAUAACAUCAUUAUAAUAGAUCAUUGGUAGGAUAGAAAUGCUGAAAGUGAAUAGGUCUGUAUAAAUACAGAGUUUAAUAAUAGCUUAAACAGUCUUAUUUGCACAAACCUGGCCAGAAACCCUAGCUACAUUUAAAGGACUUUCAUACUGUAGAAAUGUGUGGGCAAGGCAGAUUUGUUCAUUGGUCUGGAACAGUGGUAGUCAACCUUUUUCUUCCUACCGCCCACUAAUGCAUCUUUCUUGAUGGAAAAAUAUCCUUACCGCCCACCAGUUUUCGUGCAAGUGCGGAAUAUUUUUUAGAAAGGAGGGUGUUUUAAAAAAAAUAAGUGUACGUACAUUUAUUUUUUUAUUUCUACUUAAUGCAUGUUUAUAAUGUUUUUAACUUUAUAAAAUGUAAUAAGAAAACAAUAAAGUAAAUAGAAAUUACCUUUACUAAUGAUUAAUGAGAUCCUUGAGGUUGAUGUUGCGACACUAAAUAUUUUAUAUCUGGUUCGAUUUUUUUCAUAAGGAACAAACGAAGGCCUCCUCUUUCGGUGAUAUUCAGACGACUUCUCUGUUUGCACAUAAUAUGAUUUUUCAUGUGUGCGUCAGCUCCCCUCCUCUUCCUACUCAAUUCCCCUCCCCACCUUCCCCCCCCCCUUUUCUAUUUUUUAACCUUACUUAUGGCAAUGCCCAGUAGGAAGGCUGAGCUAGGCAGCCCACUUACUAUAGCCCACUAUAACAUACAGGCACACACAUACACACACACACACACGACACAUACAUACAAACAGACUGGCACACAUACACACACGACACAUACAUACAAACAUACACACAGACACACACAUAAGACAUACAUACAAAGACACACACAUACACAAGACACACAUACAGACACAUACAUAAGACACACACAUACAUACAGACACAUACAUACAGACACAUACAUAAGACACACAUACAAAGACAAGACACAUACACACACAUACAAAGACAAGACACACAUACACACACAUACAAGACAUACAUACAAAUACACAUAUACACACACAUACAAAGACACACACACACACAUGCAAACAAACACAUUAUAUUUAAGUCACCCUCCUGUUUCCUACCUUUAAGGUGCAGGAAGGUGACUUUCCCUGGGGUCCAGUGGUGGCUCAGGUGGAUGGGAGUCAGAGUUCCCACUCUGACUCCCUGGUCUUCCUCCCGCGCGGCUCUCAGUGUUAGCUGGGAGGAGUGACAUGCAGUCACUUCCUCCCAGCUCUGUGAUGUAAUCACAGGGGGCCCGGUCACGCUGUUAAAGCACCCAGCGCUGACUGGGCCCCCUUGGACAGUGGCCCCGGCGGUUUGCAAAUGGUGAUGGCAGUACCCAGUCGCAGGGGUACCGCCGGCUCGCACCCGCCCACCCAAUCUCUCCAAAUGAGGAAAUCCCUACCGCCCACCUGGAAUCCUGAAAUGCCCACUAGUGGGCGGUAGGGACCAGGUUGACGACCCAUGGUAUGGAAUAUAUAGUUGUGCUCAACAUGUAUUUACUGACCUUACUGUACACAGUGAAGGGUUUUAUGUUACAUUUUUACUUUCCAUAACUGUUAUUGUGUGAUAUAUUUUACCUAUACAAUGCAGUUUGUCAUAAGCCUACCUCCUACUGAUACUUUCAUUUGAGAAGUAAGCUGCUUCUUACUUGAGGGGUUCUUUGGUGUUGCAUCUUCUCACAUAACUGUUGAAACUGGCACUUUUUAAUAACAUAAAAUAGAAGAAUCGAUCUAUACACAUAGAGCACUUCAGCAAGUUUUAGUACUUUAUGGUUGCAGUGUUCCUGUAAUAUUACUGCUGAACUACUUGGUGGUACCAUGCUGUUUGACAUGCACAAAAAGCAUGUCUGGCAAAACUGAGCUCAGUCAACUAGUUACAGCUAAGAAAUCCUUAGGCAAGGCAAGUCUGUGUAUAAGCAUGGUGUACACUGUUUGCAUUUUGAUAGCUGACUUUUAGAGCUUGUGAGUCUUGGAGUUUCAAAUGUCUGUUGCUGUCAUAAUCAAAUUUUUUUCUGUGAUUUGAAGAAACCUACAUUAUCAAGGUAGUUCAGUCAGUGAAGGAUGAAGUCAAGCAAGGUAAUCAAGUUAUAUGAAGUUCCAGUACAUGUGGUACGCAUAGAAUGAUGCAAAUGGGUUCAAGUUGAACUGAUUCAUUUAAGGACCAAUAGACGUUAUGGUAAUUAAAGGACCACUAAAGGCACCCAGACCUCUUCAUUUAAAUGAAGGCGCAGUGGCCCUUUAGUUUUAACCUUGCGAUGUAAAACACGCUUUUGUAUUGCAUUGGAAUAACACACUUCAAUUUAGGGUUAUCACAUCUCUAGUGGCUUUUGUCCUGAUAUCCACUAGUGGUGCUUAUACGUUGAGAACCCAGUCAAACUCCGUUCUCAAGCAAAUGUUUUAUUUUUAGAGCAGCAUUUAAUUGGUGCUUGUGUGCUGUGAUUUGCUGUGCAUGUACACUAUCCUACCAGUGCUUCCCAAUGAUGAAGCAUUGGAUUUGCUGAAAUCAUUAAGAAUGAUGAUUUCAACCAAGGAACUGGGACCAGCAGCGAGGAGAGCAGCAUGGCGAGGGCUAAAAGGUUGGUGAAUGCUUCUCUGCUAAAGACAUGGGUGAGUGCAGUUACCUAAGCAGUUGGUAAGAGACUACAGUGUUAUGAAUGCACAUUUGUAUUUAUAACAUUAUAGUGUACUUUUAAUGGUAAAUAAAUUGUAGACUAAGCUGGAAUGAUAGGCAUGAGCAGUAGACUGUCCAAGUGAGAGGUGUUGUGAAGAGGUUUGCUGAAUUUUGUGUCUCUGUUACAUGUAGUAGCAUUUCUGUGCAUAAUACCUAUCUAAAUUUGUAUGUGUUUUUUUUAAAUUUAUUUUAGAAACAAUUAUUCUACGCAUCACAGAAAUUUGUCAAAAUGUAUGUAGUACUGGAUACUACAAUGGUAAGUGCUUUUGAAGAAAAUGUGAUAAAUCUUUCAUAAUCUUUUAUAAUAUCUGUAACAAUACUAAUAAUUGGUCAUGACAUACAUUGAGUUAUGAAUAUACAUUCCUAUAGAAUCAAUCACAGUUGGUGCUAUCAAUCUCAGUUUAUGGUAUGCAAUGCAGAGCCAAUAUGGAGCAAUGGUCAGCAAAAAAGACAAAUUUAAGCCCAAGGCAGACUAAAAACGAAAACUGUUAUCUUUUAUUUUUAGUUCUAAUAAACAAUCAUGACAGUUUUCAUUUGAGUGGUUUAUUAACCGAAUAGUGAGUUGUAAAAUUUGGGCCAAAAUUGUCAAGUU